GCUGCUGCGGGAAUUCUAUGGUUACCGCCUGCUCUGUUUGCUUGCUUGCUUGUUUGUUUUUUCUUUCUUUCUCUUCUUCGCCUUUUCUUGGGACACCAAAUUUCUAGCCGCUGUAACACUGACGUGUUGUCAAUUUCAGAAGUAUAAUCUAUCACCUUAGCUCAGCUCGGCCUUCCACCCCUUGCCUCCCCACCUCACUUGAUUAACGUAUAAUGCUCAGAUCCUCAAACCUUAGUCGCUUCUUCGUCUUUCUUCGUGCCCUUCGCAGUCGUUUUUAUCGCUCUACUUGAUUAAGUGUUUGGUAGUGCUAUCGCGAACAAGUCCCCGAGACACGCGGCUGCGACCCGCCAUGCACUGCGCUUGUUUGCCUCGGCUAGAGGCCCCGCUCGAAGCAUGGACGGGACCUUGUGCGCGUCACCUGCGCAGGGGACGACGGCCGCACCGUCGCACCCCGGCGGCAUCGCCGCGAACUUGCUGGCCGCGCGGGGCCCGCUUGCCGCGGCUCAGGCGCGCAGCCAGCUUCACCAGAUGCGCAAGAAGUGGCGCAAGGAAGGCUACUCGGUCGUCGGCACCAUAUCCUUCGCCGUGCUCAUCGUGGCCUUCAUACUGCUACUGGUCAUGAUCACCCGGAUGUUCAGGAGCAAGCGAGUCGCUCACGCCGGCUGUAACAACGUGAUACUUUGCGAACCUGGCCGGGUUUCGUGACCGUGGCAGCUGCGGCCUUGCUGGGCUCCAUGCACCACAACUAGAUGGCGCUCGCCUCCGCGCAUCCGCGGCAACGGCGUCGCCGGCCGUGCGGGGAGCACAAUAAACAAGGACCAGAAAGCUCGCCUUCGCGCAUCCGUGGCUGUGCGGUAACGAGAAAAUAAACGCUUC